AUGGCAUCCGUACAAGAUCAUUACAUCACGCUGGAAGGGAGUGCAUCGAUCAUACACGAGUAUUUGAAAUACAGUGUGCAUUCGAUCAUCUUCCAACGAGGAGUCUAUCCGUCUGGCGACUUUCUGCCCGAGAAAUAUAAUGACGUACCAGUGAUGGUUUCGCAGAACAGUAAAAUUAGAUCUUGCAUCGAUCAUAUAACGGGGGAAGUUAAAGAAUUGAUAAUGAAGAAGUUGAUAUCCAAGAUUACGGUUUGUAUCAUUACGUUGGACAAAGCCGAAAUAAUAGAACGGUGGGAUUUUAACAUUAAACCGCAAUACGAGAACGAAGAGGUAUCGGACAAACCACUGUCAAAGAUACAAUCGGAGAUACGCGAAGUGAUGAGACAAAUCAUUGCUACGGUUAGCUUCUUGCCCUGUCUCGAAGAGCGUUGCACCUUUGACAUUAUGCUCCAUACAGCAUCAAACAUUUUCGAAGAGCAACCCAACAUGGUCAGCGAAUACUUGGAAGAGGAUGCGGCAAGCAUUGAGGUGAAGAAUGCUCAAACGCUGCGGAUUAAGCAGUUUGAUACCGGUUUAUAUAAGGUCGAAACGGAAGUAACUUACCGCAAGGCUGAUGCCUAA